AUGAAGCUGCCCUUCAGGCAGGAGAAACUGAUUCAGCCUGUGACACAGUUACAAUACCCUCAGCCUAAGCUGCUGGAACACGGACCCACAGAGCUGCUGACACUUACCCCCUGGUUGGCACCCAUCAUCUCCAAGGGAACCUUUGACCCAGAACUUCUGAAGAAUAUGUACCAGCCAUUGAACCUGACCAUUGGAGUCACUGUGUUUGCUGUGGAGAAGUACACCUGUUUCACUCAGUCCUUUCUGGAGUCAGCUGAAGAGUUCUUUAUACGUGGGUACCAGGUACACUAUUACCUCUUUACUCAGGAUCCUGCAGCCGUUCCCAGAGUUCCCCUGGGCCCUGGUCGGCUCCUCAGCAUCAUCCCCAUCCGUGGUUACUCCCAGUGGGAGGAGAUCUCCAAGCGCCGAAUGGAGACCAUCAACAAACACAUUGCCAAGAGGGCCCACAAAGAAGUGGAUUACCUCUUCUGUGUCGAUGGAUGCUAUUUUGCUGUACCUCGACAGCAAUUCCCUUAUGAACACUGGCAAGUUUCCUCUGCCUUUGUGGCAGACAGUGAGGUGGACUUCUAUUAUGGUGGGGCAGUCUUUGGGGGACGAGUGGCCAGGGUGUAUGAGUUUACCCGGGCCUGCCACAUGGGAAUCCUGAUGGACAAAGCCAACAGCAUUAUGGCAGCCUGGCAGGAGGAGAGCCACCUGAACUGCUACUUCAUCUGGCACAAACCAUCUAAGGUGCUGUCCCCAGAGUACCUCUGGGAUGACAGGAAGCCUGAAGAUGAUCCGAUUCUCCUCAGUGGAAAAGGAUACAACUGGCUGAGGAGCUAA